AUGGUCCUCGGUGGGUUUUCAAAGGGCGUCGCCCUCCUCGCCACGACGGCGCUGGCCUUGUCACAAACCGCCAACGCCGCCAUCCUCCCCCGGCAGAGCAACGAGGCACUUCGGCCCUGGGUGACGGUGGCGGCCGACGGUGCUGCCAAGACCAUCACUCCCACCAUCAACGACGGCAAGACGACGUCCGCCUUCACGGGCAGCACGACGCUGCCCACGGCGGACGCCCAGGGUGCCGGCACCUUCCUGCUAUGCAACCAGGCCGCCGGCUCGGGCGGCCUGAGCCAGCCCUUCUGCUCUCCCAAGGGGAACAGCGAGCUCGAGGGCGGAAAGACGUACUGGGUCACCUGGGACGCCGCCCUCUUCCCCUCCCCGAACACCAUGGUCCAGGUCCAGGGCGACUACGGCGUGACCAAGACCAUCGAGGCCGGCCACGGCUUCACCUCGCAGAUGAUGCCGGCCUCGCAGGGCCACUUCGCCUGGGCCGCCGUCGGGUACAACAUGGCGCCCAACGAGUCGCUCGACGUGCAGCUCGUGCUCGCGGUGCCCGCGACCAACGGCACCAUCACGGGCCGCCACGUCGGGCCCAAGGUGCGCAUCGUCAACCGGUCUCGGGGGCCGCCGAGGCGCCGCGGGCCCAACGUCUUCGGCAUCGUGCUGCCCAUCGUCUUCGGCGUGCUGUCGCUCGGCGGCAUCGGCUGGUUCGUGUGGUGGUACGGCCGCAGGAAGGGCAUGUUCCACUCGCGCGGCCGCGGGUACGGCGUCGGCAAGAGCCGCGUGCAGCGGACGGCGGACGUCAAGAUCGGACUGGGCGACAGCGCCUUCUCGUCGCCCGACCGCGGCGUCGAGAUGAUGCCGCCGCCCGCGAGGCCACCGCCGCCGUCCGAGGGCAACGUGUUCCGUAACGAACUGAGUCGGCAGGAGAGGAACGAGAGGGCGCAGACCAUGCUGUGA